GUAUCAGCCGGGCAUCCGCAGGCAGCUCUUGCAUCUGUUCACUCGCAGCAACAGCAUCAGCAGUCGCUUGAUAUGGCUGCUGCCGCCGCUGCCGCGAACUUAGCAUUGCCGGUUGAUAUUAGCGGUGACCACGGCAUUCAAGGCCAACACCAGCACCAGCAAUGCACCACACUGUGCCAAUUCCUGGUAUGCAUGCUUCUACGCCUCAGACGCCAUUUGGAAGCUCGCCUUCAAACGGCCAGCCCAUGUUUGGCGCCCUCAACUUCCAGGCCUCACAGCUGCAAGACUUUGACUCCUACACACGGCCCAAGCGCAACGGGCGUGUCACCAAGCCCAAGCGCACGCCGCGGCCCCCGAAUGCCUUUAUUCUCUACCGCAAAGCCAAGCAGGCCGAGGUCAUUCGUGAUAACCCCGGUGUCUCCAACAAAGACGUAUCAUGUAUAAUUGGCCAGAUGUGGAAGUCUGAGGACCCACCAUUCAGGAUCAGUUUAGGGAGCAGGCCGAAAUGGAGAAAAAAAAGCACAAGAGCUGCAUCCAAACUACAAGUAUCAGCCACGCAAGCCCAAGAACAAGCGCCUGCAGGAGGCCCAGGCGGCCGGCGUUGCUGCGUCCAACGGGUCUUUGGCAUCUGGCCCGAGCCAAGAUGGCAGCUUUGUAUCUGGAACUGUCCCCAUGGUUGGCUCAUCCAGCGUGCUUUCCUCGGGAAUCAAGGACUCGUCAAUCUCAGGCAAUGCCAGCGGGUCAUUCCAGCCGUACUCCAAAUACCAUCUGAUGAUGCAGCCCGGACACGGCCAGCAGCAGUCGGCGCACUCGCAGACGCCCGCCUCCCAGCAGCAUGUGCACGUUUCGCGCGGCGACGAGUACUAUUACCGGGCGCUGAUCAAAUGGUUGAUCCGCAGCAGCACGUAAAUAGCAGUUUUGUUGGCGUAGCGCCGCAGCUUGACAUCAAGCCUAAUGGCUUUGUCAGUGGAAUUCCCAACACGGCCUACUGGACGCCCAACACCCCCGGCGAUGGACAUUCCCCAACUCCAUGUCCUCCGGAAAUGUGUUCCAUGGCGACCAGGCACCGCAUAUGCGUCCAUUUGAUUCAUCUGUUGUCCAGCACCCGUCUGCCGGCCAUGCAAUGGGGGCAUCGCCUGCACAUAUGCUCCAUCCAUUUGACCACCAACGCCAGGCACAAGCUCAGGCACAGGCCCAGCAUCAUCAUCACCAUCAUCACCAUCAGCAACAGCACCAGCAGAUGCACGACAGCCGCGGACCUAUGGACUACCCGGCUGGACAGCAGCAGCAAUACCACCAGCACCACGGACAUUCUCAGCAACACCAACAGCAGCAGGCCUCCCUUGGUGGCUAUGUCAAUGGUAGCCAGUCGUACCACCACUCGCAGCCAGGCAUGGACAGCUUGGACGGUGCGCCAGUGACAUCAACUGAUUCGCAAGGACUCGGCCUGCUGUCUCCGCCUGCUGUUGCGUGGUCGGCAAACAUGUGAAUUUGAAAAAGGUGGUGUCAACAGCUCAUUGCUAUCUCUGUGGUCAUGCCCAGCGCACACUUGACAUUCUAAACUACUUUAUUUUACUGGCAUUUCUAUUUGCAUGUGUACAAAGACUUUUGACACUGCCAUCCAUCAUGAAAACAUUUACUUGGGACUUUCUUUUAU